AUGAACGUGCGGCGUAUCUUGCUCGUAGUGCUUCUUGCACAGCCAGUGGCAGGGGGAUGGUUUAGCGGGCGGAGGCGGCGAAGGGAAUACACAGUCUGUGAUGACGUCCCAGAAAGAGUGACUGAGGAUUCCACUCAGUGUGUCCCUGUUACUCUGGAGCGAACUGUUUGGAGGAAUGUGACCAAGUUCAAGAAAGGAUUCAGAACUGUCGCCAAAUAUGUGCCGGCCAAGAGGCUGGUGAACCGCACGCAGACAGUCGAGUUGUUCCUUCCCAUUGAGUCGUUCCUCACAGCUGCGAAAAUGCAAAUUCUCAAGGAAACGCAGGAGUCUCUUCGCCAUCCUGGAGCUAGCAAUCAUCAAGAGGCCUCUCAUGUCAACUUCAACGGUUCCUCAGACGGCCUCGAGGCAGUUGUGCUGUGGGGGCCUUCUCAGGCAGGCAAAUCCACCAUGGUCUGCCAGCUCAAGAACUCCGGUGAGGACGCGUGCACAGAGGUGGGCGAUGGUAGCGGAGAAUCCGUAACUGCUACGCCUUCGGUUUGGGAGACGCUCAUUGGACUGGUCUUGGAUGUCCCAGGGUUGGGUGAUACAAUGCUCCGUUUCACUUGGGAAGAGGUGGGCGUAUGGGUGGCAACAGCCCUUGCUUCCGCAAAUGUGCAGCGUGUGAAGUUCCUGGUGUUUGACAGCUUCGGCAAUGAUGCCUUGCCCUUGCGCGAGACCUUGUCUUCACUUUUCGCAUCCUUCGGCUCUCAUGUGAGGCGAGGAACCAUCAUCAUGGGAUCCAAGGUUAAUUUGAAGCCAAAUGGAAGCAAAAGGACUGAGCUGAUCCGACAAGUCAUGCAUGAUCAACAGCUUGCGGAGCUCGUGCUUUGGAAGGGCCCAGACACUUGGCUUGAACAUGGCUUAGCACAAGCUUCAAAAGGAUUCCGCAAGCCCCGGCCCGACGGUUCUCGUUAA